CAGUAUGCCAUAAAAAAUAACAAAUCUCAAGUGGAAGAGAGUAAAAAUUGCGAUUACUGCGCUGCUUUUUUGUAACCCACAGACCGCCUGAGGUCGGUUGAUGCGCUGACAAACAAAAGCGUGCUUCGGUCAGCCGCCCAUGCUUAGUCAAUAAAGAAGAACGCAACGCGUCGCACAGAACCGAGAACUAAAGCAAAAAGCGCACAAAAAAAUAAUUCGCGUUCAACGCUCAAUCGCUUUUAAGUGUAUUAAGUGACGUAUCAGAUAAACAGAGAAAACGCCGCUCAGAAAUACGAAACGAAAGCCACUAGUUUGCGCUGAUACAUAGUGGUGAAGCGCAACUGCCACCGGUGCUACGCUGCUGCUAUCAUUGCUGUCGACCAUUGACCUUCGCGAAUUUGCAAUUCCAAUAAACUUCACACACAUACUUCAUACAUACAUACAUACAUACAUAUAUGUUAAUAUUGCCUACUCUGUCUCAUCGCUUUUGUUAGUUGGCUUCUUUUUGUUUGUUUUAAUUAAAUAAACAAAACUAAAAAUCGGAUCCGCGUUUAUAAACGUUUGCUUUAUUAUACAUAAAUAGCAGCUUGAACUGCAGUGCACCGCCAGGAUUAAGGUGUGCCUACCAUUAGUGUAUGCAAAGUGACGAAUAACGGUUUCCGCAAUGAGAAACUGUGAUGUGAGUAAUAUGACUAAGCAGGAAGACUGGAUGACAUCGAGCGUAGUGCGAAAAUAUCCAAUUUAUCGGGAUUCGUUGAUCAAGACUUGCGAAGGCUGGGUCGCUGCCAAACGAAAGGACGACGAAGCUGAAGGAUUCUGGCGUAUUAAAGAUGAGCUCUACGACUUAACCGACUUCAUCACGCGCCAUCCGGGCGGUGCCUUCUGGCUGGAAUGGACAAAGGGCACAGACAUAACCGAAGCAUUUGAAUCGCAUCACAUUUCGAAGAAACCAGAACAGAUGCUGAGCAAAUUUCACGUACGCAGUGCCGCUAAACCGCGCAAUUACAAGUUCACAUUGCACGAGAACGGCUUCUACAGGGUGCUGAAGUCACGCGUGCGCGAGAAAUUGAAGGAAGUAGAUUUUAAGCCAGCAAGGAGAACAGAUCUCAUGCACUUCGGCCUCUUGCUAUCGACUUUCGUAUUCGCAUUCGCUUGCGCCUACACCGGCUAUAUAAUAUUUGAACUCUUUGCCGGCUUGUCGCUAUCCUGGCUCACCAUUGCUACACACAACUACUUGCAUCGCAAGGACAAUUGGCAGAUGUAUACUUUCAACUUUUCGCUGAUGAACUUCUGCAAUUGGCGCGUUUUGCAUGCAAUGUCUCACCACGUCUACCCGAAUUCGUUGAACGAUCUGGAGAUGUCACUAUUUGAGCCUUGGCUUUGCUGGUGGCCAAACUCUCGCCUACACACCCAGUGGCAUCGCCUCUUCUCCGUCACCAUACAGCCCAUUGUUUAUGUGCUCAUAUUUCCAUUCCAAAUCAUUUUGAGAAUUGCAGUCACUCUCUUGCGUAGGAACAUUCUAUUUUGGCACGACGCGAUUGGCUUUACGCUCCCACUAUUCAUGCUGCUGGUGGCAAACGUACCCAUACUAACUGUACUCAGACAGUGGGUUGUUAUUGUCGGUUUGGCAAGCUUCAUUUUUGGCGUUAUCGGCUUGAAUGCCGCCCAUCACGAUCCGAAAAUCUUUCAUGACGGCGAUGCCCAACGUGAAGAUCGCGAUUGGGGUCUCUAUCAAUUGGAUACCGUUAUCGAUCGUAGCGACAUUAAGGGAUCACAAUUCUUGGUGCUGACACAUUUCGGUGAUCAUUUUUUGCAUCACCUCUUCCCCACAUUGGAUCACGGCAUUUUGCCACAACUGUAUCCGAUACUUUAUGAAACACUGGACGAGUUUAAGGCGCAGUUGCGUGAAUGCACUCACUUACAACACAUAAUUGGUCAGAAUAAGCAGCUACUGCGUACGAAGCCAAAUUCGUCACCACCGGGCAGUAGUGUGAAAGAAACUAAACGUGGUUAGGAUCAAGAAAUCGGAAUCACAAUUACUCACACUAGCGUUUUUGUACAUUAGGGUGUACCUUAAAAUAUCAGCAUCUUGGGGCAACCCACGAACGGGUCGGUUCCAGGGUUUAAAGAAUUUAUUUAUUUUUAUCGCAAAAGUUGCACAACAUCCUGACUUUGCCAAGCUAUAACUGAGCGAGUUUAUGAAUUUAUAUCAAUGAGUUUCAAUGCGCUGAGUUAUAGAUGCUCAAAAUCGAAAUUUGGUCGAAUUAUUGUGAUAAAAAAAAAUGUCAAACCCUUAAAAAUUAUCUUGUCUUUAUUUUGUACGUGGACUUAAAUAUACGGCUGCCCCGUGUUCGUACUUUAAGGGCCACCCUAUUGUACAUAACGUAGCAGUGAGCAGUGGCAAAAGGAAGAAGCUCCUAACCCUUUUGUAAUGAUUGGGUCAAAAUUACCCAAUUCUCAUGAAAAAUUUCUUUAAUUACACAGUUAGGUAAUUUUAAAUAAGCUGCGG